UGUCUUUGUACACAGCUCGCUCGAACGUGCGGAUGAGUAGCAGCCAAGAAUCGUGCCGGUUAUCACUUCCAGCCAGGAGCACCUGUGCGCGCGCUAAUGUGCCUUGGCUCUCUACAUUCGCCCAAGGGCCUUGCUCUCGGCGUGACCUCAACGGAUAUUAUCCUUCCUGUCUUUUUUUACUAUUAUUACCUCGUUCGCUGCUUGAGUGUUUUUCAAUUUCAACGAUAGUAUUUGUCGGAGAGGACCGGUCUUCAAGUCUGCCUAGCCAUCUCCUCAUCGACAUCUUCUAUCUUCUAUUUAAUGCCUUAUCCUUUCCUGUUACCUGUUCGAUCGACAGACACCUUCGUUCAUUCUAGCCUGGGUUUAGUAGGCUUCCUCUACUGACUGAUUGCACUGCCCUUAGGAAAUAUGUUCCGUCAGUGACCCACGUGAUUUUCUCGUUUCACUCGCCCUUCGACAGAGCUUUCGCUUGUUUAUUCGAUGAAAUACUCACUCUCUUAGUUUCCGAGCGACCAGUGCCGUCGGGAGCUUCGUCUAGGCCGAGCCGUUGCGUCCGCGUUUCCAGCAGCUACUGUUCCUACGCCAUCGAUACCGUACCACACGUUUAGCGUAGAUAGUGCUCCAUGUAGUAUCACAUCUUGUGUACCGCUCGUUCCGCUUUCUAUGACACCGGACCUCCACGUUGUGUAACAGGCGCGGUAUGAAUAGUGUCCGUUGACCCGUAGUAGUGGGCGACAUCAAAAGUGAUUGUGCGUGACAUCAUUCUGUCAGAACCGACAAGACUGCAAGAGGAUCGGCACAGCAGAAUGUCACUGUUUUGCCUGCGGCGCGCGAAGACCGCGACAGUUUGCCCGAUAAGUAGUCCCUGGGUGCUUUUCUCGGUCUUUUUAUUCCUCCUCUGGAACUUCUGGGACUACCUUACGCCGCUGCACUUGAUAUCCGUGAUAGUAGGCUCAGUGUGGGUAGCACUAAAGUUGUCGUACACACUUUCUCAAUUCGUCUGGAGGCGCACCUUCGUAACGGAAGUGGAAGGAGAUGGAAGAGCGGUGCUUAUAACUGGUUGCGAUUCUGGUUUUGGCCACGGUCUCGCAAAGCGGCUGGCUCACAAGGGCUUCUUGGUGUUCGCCGGUUGCCUAAACACGAAGAGCGAUGGCGCCCAGGAGCUGAGCCUGCUGAAAAACAUCAUAGUCUUGCAAAUGGACGUUACUAAGCAAGAGCAAGUGGAUGACGCUUUCCUUGCUGUGAAGGAAAAGUUGGGUACUAGAGUGCUCUGGUCAGUCGUGGCGAAUGCUGGAAUCGGGAGCAGCGGACUACUGGAAUGGACGACCAUGGAAACCAUGAAGAAAAUGUUUGACGUCAACGUCUUCGGUGUCCUUCGCGUUAUCAAACGGUUCCUGCCGCUUUUGAGGAAAAGUCAUGGCAGAGUAGUCACUGUUGCUAGCCCCAUUGGUCGUCUCGCAGCGCCAAUGGUGGCGCCGUACUGUAUGACUAAGAUAGCCGUCAUCUCCAUGAUGGAUUCUUUUCGACGAGAGUCUCGUGGCAGGGGCGUCGACUUCGUCACAGUGGAACCUGCAGCUUACAAGACACCCAUCGUAUGGAUGUUCGUCGAUUCCAAGGAACACGUGACGCGGGAGUUCCGAAAGCAGAGUCCCGAGGUGAUCGCUGACUACAGCCAGGAGGACGUCGACGACUGGCUCAAAGUGACGGACAAGUUCUCCGGGCCGAUGAUCAGGAAGAAUCCCGAAGAGUGCGUCGACGUGCUCGAGAAAGCGGUCAGGGAGACGCAGCCGACUACUCACUACCGCUCACCGUGGGGAACUGAUUUCCUCCUCCUUUCUACGAUACUGUCUUUACCCAGCGAGGUUGCUGACAUUGCCGUAGAAAUCAUCCGGAAAGUAAAUCUCAAGAUUAUGUGACAGCCAUUGCUCUCAAUGAACGAGAUACUGUUGAGAUUGAUUGAUUGAUUGAUUGAUUGACUGAUUGAUUGAUUGAUUGGUUGAUUGAUUGAUUGAUUGAUUGAUUGAUUGAUUGAUUGAUUGAUUGAUUGAUUGAUUGAGUGAUAAUAAUUGCUGGGGUUUAACGUCCCGAAGCCAGGAUAUGAUUAUGAGGGAUGCGGCAGUGGAGGGCUCCGGAAAUUUCGACUACCUGGGGUUCUUUAAUAAACGAUCCAGACGAUGGACCAAACCGCUCUUAUGGCCCGCGGCCUCACCGUCACGUGACCCUCCACUUCCGGUUAGGGAAGGCCUUAGUUGGACCGGGGACCGUGAGGGCCAAUAAUGCUGAAAACAUUUUCACGAACCGCCCGUCCCCAUCCUCGGCUGCAGGCCAUGCACUCGGAGGGGUGAGGCGUCAACAAGACCGACUUUUUUCUUUUUUCGGCAGCCCAGUACGCCGGCAGCUCUUCGAACAUGUGGGUUCUCUUUGAAAACGCGCGCGCUGCAUCGUUCGCGGUUAGAACUGGCCUCGGCCCGGACUUUAUCCCUCCCGUUUAGGACUGCACGUGUGUAUGGCGCCAGCGGACGGGCCACUCGCGUUCUUACUGUCACACGACUCAGCUGUCCGUGGGACGGUUCGUCUUGUGAACACACCAUAACGAAGACCGAAAUCUAAGUACACGAACCUCAAGCAUUUUCGCCUCCACUGAAAAUGUGGCCGCCGAGGCCGAGAUUCGACCCCGCGACCUUCAGUCGAGCACCAUAUCCAUUACACCACCGUGGCUGGUAUUGCAUUGCCAUAUUGUAUCGGAAAGGGCACACGCAGGCAGUCUUUAACCAUCUCUAACCACGACCACUAUUUCAUAGCUUUCACGACACGACAAACUUCAGGAUGCAUUUCGUAGCGAGCGGUUAAUAUCAAAAUAAAACAAUUUCGGCUACCUGGAAUAAGGAGGUCGCCCACCUGGGGCGCACAGUGCGCCUGCUGAAAAUAAACGUUUAUUCUCUCUCUCACCUUGUGCUUGAAAGACUCAUGCCCUGGCCUGAGGCUUAAAAAA